AUGGACUCCAGCACCGCUUCCUAUUCCGAGCCGCCAUGUCCGCUUCAACAAUUGCCGACACAGGCCACGAUCUCCCCCUCUACCCUUGACCCAAAAGGGCCAGCCUCAUAUCAUCUCGACACCGUAUCGAGCACCAGCAAGACAACGUAUGGUUUAUACGAUGUUUGGGGGUGCGAUACCAAUAGUACCAAUGGCCUGCUUUCCUCUACUGCUCGGUCAUCCGAGUCUGAUCUUUUCUAUGGUCUCUCUACUCUAAUUCCCGGAUUGCGCCAGCUGGAUUCUGGAGCUCGGGCAGCAACAAAAGCAGAACGCAAGAUUACAUUCUUGGAUGGUUGCCGGCGAUACCCCAAGGCGAUGGCGUGGUCGGUGGUCGUUUCUUCGACCCUCAUCAUGGAAGGGUUCGACACACUACUCAUAUUUUCGUUCUUUUCACUUCCUGCUUUUAAACGACACUACGGCCUGCCAAGCAAGGACGGCGACUAUGAAAUUCCUGCUCGCUGGCAAUUUGGUCUGUCCACGGGGGCGGAGGCAGGGGAAAUUGUCGGACUGCUUCUCAAUGGCCUGCUGGCUGAUCGCGUUGGAUAUCGCAUCACUAUAUCCGUCGCUCUAGUGCUCCUCUUUUUCUCUAUCUUCUUACCCUUCUUCGCGGUCAACCUGCAGAUGUUGCUUGCAGGACAGAUCUUGUGUGGUAUCCCCUGGGGCGUCUUCCAGACGCUGACUAUCAACUACGCCGCUGAAGUCAUGCCCGUGGCCCUCCGCGCGUACCUUCUCAGCAGCAUCAAUAUGUGCUGGGUAGUGGGCCAGCUCCUUGCAACUGGUGUGACUCGUUCCUUCGCCAACAACGAGUCCACACUGUCCUUCCGCCUUCCAUUUGGGCUCCAGUGGGCCAUCGGCUUACCCAUUCUGGUCGGCGUGAUUUUGGCCCCCGAAUCACCCUGGUGGUUGAUCCGGCACGACAGACCGCAAGAGGCCAAACGGUCUUUGGCACGGCUGACGGGGGGCGGCGUUAGCGUGAAUGAGACAGCUGCCAUGUUGACACACACCAACGAAGUCGAAAAGCAUCUGACUGGUGGCGGGGGGGCCAUAUCCUACUUGGACUGCUUCAAACGGGUCGACCUCCGGCGAACAGAGAUUACGUGCAUCGUCUGGGUCACUCAGCAAGUCUGCGGCAGCAGCCUGAUGGGCUGGGCCGCAUACUAUUACCAGCAGGCCGGCUUCGAUACCAGCCAGGCUUUCAACUUAACAAUCGGGACCUUUGGCCUGGCAAUCGCUGGCGGGGUAAUCUCCUGGUUUCUAAUGCCCCACGUGGGUCGCCGCCGACUUUAUCUUUCCGGGCUCUUUGUCAUGUUCCUCACUCUACUUACUGCAGGGUGUGUCAGCGUAGCUUCGACAGCUCGAUGGCACUUGUGGGCUCUCGGCUCUCUUCUUAUUUUCCUGACAUUCGUAUACAACAUUACCAUCGGGCCAAUCUGUUACGUGCUGGUCGCUGAGGUUCCAUCUACCCGGCUCCGAGUCAAGACCGUCGUUCUGGCGCGCGUGGCGUACAACUUGUCCGGCGUGCUCAUCAACUGGAUGACGCCAAAUAUGCUGAGUCCUGACGAGUGGGACUGGAAGGGCAAGUCGUGUUUCUUUUUCGCCGGGACUACGCUUUUGUGCUUGAUUUGGUGCUACUGGAGACUACCGGAAACCCACGGCUUGAGCUAUCUUGAGAUCGACAUUCUGUUCGAGAAGAAAGCGAAGACCAGCAAGUUCCGCGAGCUUCAGACUCACCUGCGAGAUCGGGGCUAUUUUGGCCUCAGCAGAGACGAGUGUCCUUUUCGCGGGUACUGA